UUUAUCAGUCCGGUCAGUCGAGCACUGGAUCUUGGCGGCUGUGGAUCGCAUUCGCGAAAGCGCGCUCGAAUCGAAAUCGAGAUCAUCUUCUUCGGUGGUGAAUUUGUGCUGGAGGUUUCGUUGGUGGUGACUUAGUUCGUAAAGAAAUUCACAGUGAUCCAGCGUGUUGCGCGAUCGAUUCUUGGUUAUGCCAUGAGGUGCACAUGAAGAUUUUUGAUUGUGCGAAAACUAGUGCAGUUGCAAUUUUAAAGUGAUCAAGGACUGGAAUCUCUGUGAAAAUGGAAGGCCUCAGUGUCGAUGAGGUGAAAGUGUCUCUGCAGAGAUUUGGACUGUACGACUAUGUGGUAUUCGUGAUCAUGUUGGCGAGCUGUGCCAUGAUCGGUGUUUAUUUCGGGUUUAUCAAGAAGAAAUCCCAGAAGGGAGAUGUGGAGGCAGAUUACUUAGUGGGUGGACGUAAGAUGGGAGUAAUUCCGGUCUCCCUUUCGUUGAUUGCCAGUUUUAUCUCCGGUAUAUCCCUCCUCGGGACGCCCACGGAGAUCUACGUCUACGGUGUUCAGUACAUGUAUAUCGUCGGCGGUGUCAUCACGAUGGGUUUCAUUAUGAUGUACAUCUAUCUGCCGGUGUUUCACAAUCUCCAGCUGACUUCCACGUAUCAGUACCUCCAAACUCGGUUCGACAAACGAAUGCGCCUGUUCGGAUCCGUUCUGUUCACUUUCGCCACGAUGGCGUGGCUACCGAUCGUCAUUUACGUUCCGGCACUGGCGUUCAACCAAGUCACCGGAGUCAAUGUCCACCUCAUCACACCGCUUGUUUGCAUCAUCUGUAUCUUCUAUACGUGCGUGGGUGGACUGAAGGCGGUAGUUUGGACCGACGUUGUCCAGACGGUGCUGAUGUUCGGUGCGAUGAUGCUAAUCAUCAUCAAGGGAACUCACGACGUGGGAGGUUUGUCGGUGGUGAUGGACCGGGCCAGUAAAAGUGGUCGAAUCGAGGCGCCGGAUUUCCGAUUCGACAUGACCACCAGGCACAAUGUGUAUUCGUGUGUUAUCGGUGGUGUGAUCUACUGGUUGAAGACGAACGCGGUUAGCCAGAAUAUGAUCCAGCGGUACCUCUCGCUUCCCACACUGAAGGCUGCCAAACACGCGCUUUGGACGUUUAUUUUUGGGACAUUGUUCCUGCUGGGACUCUGCUGCUAUAGCGGAUUGUUGAUCUACGCCAAGUACCACGACUGUGACCCAUUGACAACUAAACUGGCGAAGGCAAAGGACCAGCUGCUGCCGCUGUUGGUGAUGGACACUCUCGGAGACUAUCCAGGACUGCCGGGGCUAUUCGUAGCGGGAGUAUUCUCUGCAGCGCUAAGUUCACUUUCUACGGGAUUGAACUCGAUGUCGGCCGUGGUUUUGGAGGAUUUCUUCAAACCAUUCUCCAACAGACCACUCAGUGAACGGGCAACAGUAAUAAUCAUGCGUUCGGUAGUGGGAGUUUUCGGUGUUAUUUGUGUAGUUUUGGUUUCCGUGGUGGAGAAGCUUGGUGCUGUGCUGCAGCUCUCGAUGAGUCUUGGUAGCGUAAGCAAUGGGCCGCUACUGGGCAUCUUCACUUUAGGAGUGCUCGUUCCGUGGGCUACUGGAACGGGAGCUAUUAUUGGAGGCACCGUGGGACUGGUCGUCAUGUCUUGGAUCUGCUUCAGGGCACAGAUGGCCAUUGCGACUGGGGAGCUGCAAUUCGAAACAAAGCCGGUCGAUACCCAGGGAUGCAGUUAUCAUUUUAUACCAUCGGAACCAAUGAGUAUGUUGGCUAUCAAUGUGACGGCUCCGCCUCAGCAUUCCAUUCCAAGUGAACCCGAAUUCGCCUUGUAUCACAUCUCCUACCUAUGGUACACGCUGAUGGGAGCAUUGAUCACCAUCGUCAUUGCCGUGAUCAUUUCCUUCCUGACAGGAGCGAACAAUCCGGACGAAAUGAACUCCAAACUAUUCUCGCCCUUUAUCACCCGCAUUCUGGACCGGCGACGACGCCGGAAAGUGGCCCACAGCCAACCACGGAUAGAAGUGAGCGAAUCGUGCCAUUUAUGAGUGAGUAUUAGGAUUUUUUGAUAGCAUUAAGUAGCGUAGCGCUGACGACAUCAAAGAGCCAAAGAGCAAUUGAUUCUAGUUUCCACCGAGUUUACAGAGAAAAAAAACCAUUGACGUUAUGUACGAUUGAUAAAGGUGCCCCUUAUUGCAAGUGGGACAAUGAAGCUCGACUGUUGAAGGUUGAUGAAGCAAUAAAAAAUAAAAAUUACAAAGA